AUGAAAUUAUUAUUGAUCAUUUCAUUAUUGAUCACAACUGUGAUUUCACAGAUCCCAUUGAAAGAUUAUAAACCAAAUGUUUUCGUCCUUACAGAUAUAAGUAAUGAACCAGAUGAUGCUGAAUCGUUAGUCAGGUUAUUGCUGUAUACAAAUGAGAUCAAUUUACAUGGUAUUGUUGCUACAACUUCACAAUGGUUGAAUACAACAACUCAUGAAGAAGAUAUUUCCCCAGUUUUGGAAGGAUAUGAACAAGUUUAUGAAAAUUUGAUCAAACAUUCAGAUCAAUAUCCAACAGCUGAUUAUUUAAGAAGCAUCGUUAAGAAAGGCCAUGGAGAGUAUGGAUCACUAGCUUUAGAAAAUAACACAUUAAGUUCUGGUGCUGAACAUUUAAUUCAAACUAUUGAUCAAUUGAAAGAUGUUGAUGAUUACCUUUAUAUUUUGGUAUGGGGAGGUGCUAAUGUCUUAGCUGAAACAUUGAAACAUCUUUCAGAAAAUAGAUCAAAAGAAGAAGUUGAUUCUGUUAUUUCCAAACUUUCAGUUUAUACAAUAUCUGAUCAAGAUAAUACUGGUCCUUGGAUUAGAUUCACAUAUCCUAAACUAAGAUAUAUCGCUUCAAUUCAUGCUUUUAAUCAUUAUAGAAACUCAGCAUGGAUUGGAAUUUCAGGUGAAGAAACUUAUAAUUUUGAUAAAGGUGGACCAGAUGGUUCAUGGAUUGCCGAAGAUUGGGUGAAAGAACACAUUCAAGAUGUUGGUCCAUUAGGAGAACAUUAUUUAGACAAGGCAUUCAUUUAUGAAGGUGAUACGCCAACCACUUUUUCAGUUUUACCAAAUGGGUUGAAUGUUCCUUCACAUCCUGAAUAUGGUGGAUGGGGUGGUCGUUAUGGAUUAAUCGAUGCUAGUGGGGCUUUUAAUCAUUAUGCAGAUGUUGAGGAUCAUGUUAUUGGUAUUAAUGGUGAUAAUUUUACUAGUUCUCAAGCAACAGUUUGGAGAUGGAGACCUGAGUAUCAAAGUGAUUUUGCAGCAAGAAUGCAAUGGACCGUGAAAGAUUUCAAUGAAACUUAUCAUGAACCUAUUAUUGUUGCUAAUGAGACACAAAGUGUGUUACCAUUCAUCGUGGAAGCAAGGUUAAAUUCCACUGUUGUAUUAGAUGUUUCACAAAGUUAUGAUUUGAAUGGUCAUGAUUUAGAAUUUGAAUGGUUUCAUUAUAGAGAAGCUACAUCAAUUGAUUCAAGAGCGGCAGAUGUAGUUGAAAUUGAAAUUAGACCAUUAAAUACUAGAGAAGAUCAAGUUGAGUUUACUAUUCCAUCAUUUGAUGAUUUAUGUCUAGGUACAUUAAAGACAGAAUUAGAAAAUUGUAAAGAAAAUCAUAUUAUUGUGAAAGUGUCAAAUGGAAAAACAAGCUCAUAUAGAAGAUUUUUGGUCAAAGCUCUUAAAGAAUGA